AUGAGUCAACCAAUUCGCGUUGCAAUUAUUGGUCUCGGACAACGCGGACUUCAGCAUUUGAAAGCCCUUUGGAAACUUCAAGGCGAGGGACUUGUCAAAAUUGCAGCGUUAAUCGACGCUUUUGAGGACAACCUUGCAGAGGCGAAAAUCCAGAGAUAUGUGGAUGGGUUUCAAAUUGAUGGCAUCCACACCACGACAGAUUUCGGGGAGACUCUCGCUGCACUGUCGCUGGAUGCGAUCUAUUUCGCCUUGCCGCCGGGGGUACACAACGGCGAGAUUAUCCAAGCGGUAAAUGCGGGGGUGCAUAUUUUCGCUGAGAAACCGAUGAGCCUAUACCUGAACGAAGCCAUUGACAUGGAGCGUGCGAUACAGGAAAACGGCGUUAUUUCCACAGCAGGGUUCCAACAGCGGUACGAUUCGCGUUACGAAGCCGUCCACAAUUUUCUUGCAGAUAAACAACCGGUAAUGAGCACUAUUAUAGGAAAUGGCGCACUUGAAGGUCAUUCAAUCAAGCAUACCAAAACUGAAACAUUGGGGGGACCCGCCAAUCGUGUUUGGACGGCAAACUACGAGUGGUCUGGGGCGACCGUUGUGGAAGGGGGGAUUCACCAAACGGAUCUGAUGCGGUAUUGGUUCGGUGACAUUUCAUGGGUUGAGGCGAAUUAUGUCCACCGUGACGCGUCGGACAUCGUUGAUGGGGGGAAUAAUCCGUAUGCCUACAGCGUAAGAUACGGCUUUGAGUGUGGCUGCAUUGCCAAUCUCAUCCUGUCCCGUCUGCGCCAAACUUACUAUAGCGACGGGUAUGAGAGUAUACUCUGGACACACGGGCAUCUGAAGUUUGAGGGAAAUGAUGUGGUGGCUUACUACUACGAUGGCACAUAUCCACCGGCACAGACACCGUCGCAGGAAGCAGUUCGCCAUCUACUCCCGACGUCCCCUCGCGUGGACCCAACAGAGCAGAUCAGCCGCGCUUUUCUCCGCGCGAUUGCGAUGGAGGAUUCAGGGCAGCUUCGGAGUACCUUCGCUAGUAGCAUGAAUAGCCUUGCCGCGGUGCUUGGUGCAAACGCUUCUGAUCAGCUCGAUGGUGAGCGUAUAUAUCUCAAGGAUUUUCUAGUCGAUGCGAAGUACGAUCGUUUCCGCCGCAAGCCUGCUAGCAGGUAG